AUGGCUGAGCAGCCCAAGAGGGGAUCGCCACUGGGCAACGGCGAGCACGCCCAAAGCAGCAAGAAGCAGAGAGGGCAGGCCUCGCCCACCGCCGUGGUCAAGCGCGAGCUGCCAGAAGAAGGGCGAAGAGGAGAAGAGCUAGAGGAAGAAGUUGGCCAAGGCGGCGGCGCCGGGGCUGUGGCGGCGACGGAAGUCAUGGAGGAGCCGCAGCUCGACAAUUUGAGAAUGGGACUCACCUUGUUCCACUGCCGAGCUUGCCUGCUUCCCCUCAAACCUCCGACGUUCAAGUGCGAGGCCGGGCACAUCGUGUGCGAAACCUGCCGGGUGAGCCAUGCCCAGGCGUGCGGCGGCGCCGCCACCUACGCCGCCUGCGCCGACGUGGACGCCUUCGUGCGCGACGCCAAGCUGCCGUGCUGGUUCAAGGAGCACGGGUGCGCGAGCUACGUCGUCUUCUACCAGGCCAGGGACCACGAACGCGCGUGCCCGUGGGCGCCCUGCUACUGCCCGGACCCCGGCUGCGGCGCCUUCACCUCGACGCCGAGGCUGCUCGAGCACUUCCGCGCGGACCACCCGUCCUGGCCCGUCACCGACGUGAGCUACGGGAAGCCGUACAGCAUCGAAGUGCCGCGUCCGCCGCAGGGCCUGCACGUCCUCGUCGGCCAGGAGGACAGGUGCGUGUUCCUCGUGUCCUCCUCCGCGCUCGGCCCGGCGACAUGCGUGUCCGUGGUGUGCGUGAGGGCGAACGGCGACGCGGCGGCUGGCGUCCCCCAGUUCAAGUGCAAGCUCGGGGCGGACGAUACACGGGGUAACGGGAUCAUGGCGAUGCUCGCGUCCGUGGAGAGCAGUAAUCUGUCCGGCGGCUUCGCGGCCGUGGAGCAGGGCUUGUUCCUUGCGGUCACGCCGAAGAUGGCGCAGAACGCCUCCGGCGAGGAACCUAUCCUGAAGGUUCGCAUCGACAAACUUGGCCACGCUGCUGCAAACUCCACCCCUUCUCCAGCAGCGAGUUCCUCCGGCAAACAGCUGGUCGCAACAGCGUAG